AAUAACAUAGCAGUAGCAUUAGCAUUGUAACCGAUUGAAUCGGUCUGUCUGAUCGAACCCGUGUAUGAUUUUCCUUCUACUUUGAGAACUUUUUCAACAAUGGAGACGAUUUUGGAGCAGCAGCGGCGCUAUCAUGAGGAAAGGGAAAGACUAAUGGACGUCAAAACAAAGGAGAUGCUACAAAAGAAAGCCACGUCGCGUGAUCAGAUUAAUUCAGAUCAUCGGACGCGAGCCAUGUUGGAUAGGUAUAUGGAAGUGUGUGGCAACCUCAGAGAUGCAUACGAGGACAAAGAUGGUUUAAGAAAGGAAGAGCUGAGUGCGAUAUCUGGGCCAAAUGAGUUUGCUGAAUUCUACAACCGACUGAAACAGAUCAAAGAAUUCCACAGGAAACAUCCUAAUGAGAUCAGUGUGCCCAUGUCAGUGGAGUUUGAUGAGCUGAUGAGAGCCAGAGAAAACCUCAGCGAGGAAGCUCAGAAUCUAGUAGAAUUCACAGAUGAAGAAGGAUAUGGUCGAUACCUGGAUCUCCAUGACUGUUACUUAAAGUACAUCAACCUGAAAGGAUCUGAUAAACUGGAAUACGUCUCCUAUUUGUCAUCCUUUGAUCAACUGUUCGAUAUCUCCAAAGACAGGAAGAAUGCAGAGUACAAAAGAUAUCUAGAGAUGCUCCUGGAGUACCUGCAGGAUUACACAGACAGGGUAAAGCCUCUGCUGGAUCAAAACGAGCUAUACGGAAAGGUGCUCGCUGACUUUGAGAAGAAGUGGGAGAGCGGGAGCUUUCCUGGCUGGCCGAAAGAAGCUAGCAGUGCUUUGACCCAUGCUGGAGCUCAUCUCGACCUGUCUGCCUUUUCCUCCUGGGAGGAGUUGGCGUCUCUUGGUCUGGACAGAUUGAAGUCGGCUCUCAUGGCUCUGGGGUUGAAGUGUGGAGGCACAUUAGAGGAACGAGCACAAAGAUUGUUCAGCACUAAAGGCAAAUCUCUGGAGUCCCUGGAUUCCUCUCUAUUUGCCAAAAAUCCAAAAGCAAAGGGACCAAAAAAAGACACAGAACGAAACAAGGAGAUCGCUUUCCUGGAGGCCCAAAUUUAUGAAUAUGUGGAGAUCCUGGGGGAGCAGAGACAGUUGACUCAUGAGAACGUACAGAGGAAGCAGGCCCGGACAGGUGAGGAGAGAGAAGAGGAUGAUGAAGAGCAGCCCAGUGAGAGCGAGAGCGAAGAUGAGGAUAAUGAGAUUAUCUACAACCCCAAGAACUUGCCGCUGGGCUGGGACGGCAAGCCCAUUCCAUACUGGUUGUACAAACUUCACGGCCUGAAUAUCAACUACAACUGUGAGAUCUGUGGGAACUACACGUACAGAGGACCCAAAGCCUUCCAGAGACACUUUGCAGAGUGGAGACACGCACACGGCAUGCGUUGCUUGGGCAUCCCCAACACAGCUCACUUUGCCAACGUCACCCAGAUUGAGGACGCCGUUUCCCUUUGGUCAAAGCUGAAGUCACAGAAGGCAUUAGAGAGGUGGCAGCCAGACACAGAGGAAGAGUACGAGGACUCCAGUGGAAACGUGGUCAACAAGAAGACCUAUGAGGAUCUGAAGCGCCAGGGCCUGCUUUAGGUUUCUGUAAGACAUGCACAGUGAAACCCGGUGCUUCGAGGAUCCCUUUUCAUUACGUUAUAUGUUCUUUUAUCUUGAAUUCCAGCCAUGAUGUAUCUUACAAAUAGAACAUUGGUAUGUUUUUAUUAUUUGAGAAUUUUUGUUAAGCCCAAAUGAGGUGAAUCAUUUAACAGUCAAUAAAUCUGAGUAUGUUUGGUCAA